CCACCUGGACACCAUAGUGGACGUCUGUUGCAACGUCAUCCUACAAUGAAGCUCCUCUUGUGUCUGUCCAUUCUGGUACAUCUUACUGUUUCCUUCACAACACCAGUUCAAGAUACAACUACAGCACAGGAAAACCCAGUCCCUGAAGAUCUUAAUGAGCAUGGAAAUACCCUUGACCACCCCGACACAACACCAGGUGGUACCACAACCACUGCAGAGCAGGAGAAGGCCUCAGGAGAGACUGUAGAUUCAGAGGCAAGAUCCAGAGAGAGUGGUAACUCACACGACCUUACAGAUGCAGAGCGACACGAAAAGAACUCAGUAGAGAGCAGAGAAACAUGGAGGAUGGCGCAAGCUACUAAUUCUGCAGUCAAUGACAGUGAGGAGACAACAGCUUCAGACAAAGAUGUAGCUUCCGUCAAAAACUCUGCAAUGAUGAGAGACACAGUGAAGCAGGUCAUGAGCAGCAGAGAGGGCGAUGUUCUUAGCGACGUGGGCAUUUCCAACAUGUCAUCCCAUGUGCUGAUCCCAGACAAGUUGGACCUCGGCAGCGCCGAACGCAGGGACACCCUGAAGACCGUCCCCAGAGGGAGAAACGUCACCAACCACAAGCUCGUGGGUCUAAACAGCGAGGGGUCAAAGGUGGCAGACUGCCAGGAUACCAGCUGUGUAUCCACAGACCCAAGUGAUGCAGUCAAAGGGCUCCAUGUUGCCGUGAAUGCCAGUGGGGAGGGCAAAGAUCGGCAGGGCCAUGAGGGCCCAGAGAGGGAGGCCGUGCCUGGGGACAGUCGCAGACUUGGGGUGAAUGCUAUGGUUAAACCAGUCAGAGAGCCACAGGACCUGGACAGUCUGGAGAUGGCCAAUGGGAGAAUCCUUGAGGAAGGAUACAGCAGAGAUGAUCUUGACGAAACCUGGGAGUUUAUCAGUGCUGAGAGGAACCCAGCAACACUUGAUCAGAUUGUCAGAAGACCCGGCCAGUAGUCCAUUUGUCUACGGUGGAUUCCUUUGUACAUGCAGUCUCACUUGGAGAGCCGCCAACAACAGACGCAUUUGUAGUUUCAUGCAGAGCAAGCUCCCGUGGCAGUAAAAGGAUCUGAUGCCUUUCUGUUUUAUUCUGGGUUGGGUGGAUUGGCAACUCCACCCUCAUCAUUGUUUUUGAAUAAAGAU